UCUCUCUCUCUCUCUCUCUCUCCAUGGGAAGCAGGUUCUUGGCCUUGUCUGGGUGGGUUUUGAUAGUAGCAUUUCUUGUUGUUGGGUUAUCUGGCGAAACUUGUAACGCGAAAGACGACGGUACUAAGUGUACCUCUUCCUGCGGCAAUAUCCACAACAUAAGCUAUCCUUUCCGACUAAAACAUGAUCCAAAGCACUGCGGCAAUGUAAUGUAUACUCUGUCCUGUGAGAACAACAUUACACUUGUUGUAGACCUACCUCCUUCAGGAAAAUACUAUGUCCAGGCAAUCAACUACGAUAAUCAAACCAUCCGAGUUGUAGAUCCCGGCAUUCAGAAGAACAAUUGCUCCUCCAUGCCUCAAAAUCCACCUUUUUUAAUAGCUCCAUAUAGUGCAUAUAAUAGGUCAGGUUAUCUGCUUUCGACACCUGUAUUUUACAUCAAGUGUUCGAAUCCAGUGAAUUCUUCUCUGUACGUGGACACUGCUCCAUGCUUGAAUAUAAAUGCUUCUUCCUUGGUCCAACAAAAGACGUACAGUUAUGUGAAGGUUGGGGUUAUGGAAGUGGGGGAUUUGAAUGAGGGUUGCAGUGCAGAGUGGGUGGCUUUGGUGCUCUUUAACUACUCUAAGGGCUACAAUACCUUUUAUGAAUCCAUACACAGUGCCCUCAUGUAUGGCUUUGAGCUUGGAGUAUAUUGGCCUGAUGAAAUACCUCCCAUCUGCCAAGGCCAAUGGAGUUCUAAUCUUAAAUGUUUUCCACACACCAUCCCAGUUCAUUGAGCUCUAGGUACCA